CGGUUUUGGAUAGAGAUUGAGAUAAUGAAAGAAAGAUUCUCAAAAUUGUUGCUUGGAGAAGAUACGUCCGGUUGUGGGAAUGGCGUUUAUACAGCCUUGGCUAUCUCGAAUGCGAUUACAAAUCUCUGUGCCACACAUUUUGGACAAAUAUGGAGGCUAGAACCUCUAUGCCCCAAAAAGAAAUCAACGUGGCAAAGAGAAAUCGAAUGGCUUCUAUGUGUCAGCGAUUACAUUAUAGAGUUGAUACCUUCUUGGCAGACUUAUCCAGAUGGUAGUAAAGUUGAAUUAGGGAUUUGGGUUUGGUGUGGGAGAAGAUGGGGAAGAUGAGAUCUAACCAUUUAUGAAUUUAUGAGGGUAAAGGGAUUUAAUAUAAUUAAUUUAAUUAAUAAUAUGUUAUAAUAAAUUUAGAUAGACCAUUUUGCCUCUGAAGAAAAAGACAAAAUAACCAGAUUUUAUUAGACAAAUAACAUGUGAUUUGAUUUUUGGAACAAAAUGACAAUAAAAGUGAAACCACAAGGACCCAGAAUUAAAAGGUUUGAGUUUUGAAUUAAAGUGACAAAAGUGAACAAACCUCGGAGAUCAAAAUGGCAGUUUACUCUUAUUUUUGGUUAUCUUAGAAAUGAAACAAGUUGGCCUAAGAAAUAAGCAAGGAUAAGUCAAGAUAGGUUUUAAAAUUUCCAUUUAAAAUUAGUUAUGGGUUAGGAUCAGUUUUAAAAUUUUCAUUUAAAAUUAGUA